AGAGAGUGGUAAUCCAACGUAGAAAAGCAUAGAUACACCACCAUAACAUACAGACACUGCAACUUUACAACAAAAGACCGCAUCCAAACAAACACUUCUCAAUUUCUCUCUCAUAUAUUCUACUCUCAACUCCUAAUAAUCUCUCUCUCUCUCUCUCUCUCUCUCUCUCGACUUUCAUCAUGUUUUUCUGAUAAGCCUUUUGAUUACUCCCUGCCUCCAAUUCUGGAAUUUGAUGAAACUUCUCAAAUCAAAGGUUUUGGCUUAAAAUCUGGAGGCUGUUUCUGCUGAAGUUGGAAGGGCGAAUACAAAUGUACAUUUCUGAAUUUGGAACCACCAUGUGAGGCAGUGAGAGUAUUUAUCAACCAUUUCAGAACACCUGCACUCCUUGGGCUGAUUUUAUCGUUAUCUACCAACAUCCCUUAGAUCUCUUUUUCACCUAAGGAAAGAAUUUGAGGUUGAUUGAAGAAGUGGUGACUUAAAUGGCUAGAGUUUGUUCGCCAUACUUUGAUCCUGAAUAUGAGAACCUGAGCACAAGAAUCAAUCCCCCAAGGGUCUCCGUAGACAACUCUAGCUGCAGUGACUGUACUCUAGUCAAGGUUGAUAGUGUCAACAAACCGGGAAUUCUGCUUGAAGUCGUGCAAAUCUUGACAGACCUUGACCUCAUAAUCACCAAGGCCUAUAUCUCCUCAGAUGGUGGAUGGUUCAUGGAUGUAUUUCACGUCACGGAUCAGCAAGGAAAAAAAGUUACAGACAGCAAAACCAUUGACUACAUAGAGAAGGCUUUGGGACCAAAGGGCCAUAUCACAGACGUGCUGAAUGCUUGGCCAGGAAAACGGGUUGGAGUGCACUCUGUCGGGGACCAUACAGCCAUUGAGCUUAUUGGCAAAGACCGACCAGGUCUCUUAUCUGAGAUCUCUGCUGUCCUUGCCAACCUUCACUUUAAUGUAAUCGCUGCCGAAGUAUGGACACACAAUAGACGAAUAGCUUGCGUUGUGUAUGUCAAUGAUAAUACUGCAUGCCAACCUGUGGAGGAUAAAACCAGAUUAUCUACUAUGGAGGAGCAGCUCAAGAACAUCCUACGCGUGUGUGAGGAUGAUGAGAAAGUUGGUCACACUAGCUUCUCUAUGGGAUUCACGCAUGUUGAUAGGCGGCUCCACCAGAUGUUGUUUGCUGAUAGGGAUUAUGAGGGCGGUGGACUGGCAAAUGAAGUUGAUCACUUUCCUCCCUGCUUCCAACCAAAGAUCACCAUUGAGCGUUGUGAAGAAAAGGGGUACUCGGUGGUUAGUGUGCGGUGCAAAGACCGUGCAAAGCUCAUGUUUGACAUCGUAUGCACACUCACAGAUAUGCAAUACGUUGUUUUCCAUGCCACCAUUUCAUCUGAUGGCCCAUACGCAUCACAGGAGUAUUUUAUUCGUCACAUGGAUGGUUGCACCCUCGAUACUGAAGGAGAGAAGGAAAGGGUCAUCAAAUGUAUUGACGCUGCAAUUCGGAGAAGAGUAAGCGAGGGUCUAAGGCUAGAGCUGUGUGCAAAGGAUAGAGUAGGCUUGCUAUCUGAAGUAACAAGAAUUCUGAGGGAGAAUGGAUUGUCAGUUACAAGGGCCGGCGUCACAACAAUUGGGGAGCAAGCAAUGAAUAUCUUUUAUGUUAGAGAUUCUUCAGAGAAUCCCGUGGACAUAAAAACAAUAGAAGCACUUCGUAAAGAAAUCGGGCAUACAAUGAUGUUCAAUGUGAAGAAAGUCCCAACAAAUUCUGCUGAGGCACCUGAGACUAAGGGAUGGCCUAAGACAAGCUUCUUCUUUGGGAACUUGUUAGAGAGAUUCUUGGCUUGACAAGAGGUCCAUAUGACUGUGAGGUACAUUGAAAAUGUACAGAAGAAUAAAUCUGUUCAGGAAGUUAUCUGGACAGAGUUUCUGCUUUUGUACACACUCUAUAAAAUGUAUGCUUGCAACCUUGUAACUUAUGGACUUUGCGCAACACUUUCUUUUUACUUCGUUUUGACAUUUGAUC